AGAAAUCGCGGUGAGUGGUUAUUUAGUGUUUGGUAGAUAGAUAUUGACAUGAUAUCAAUACUGCUCCUGUUCCUGGUGGGCGUGGCCAGCCCGACGCACUUCAGUUACUAUGCCAACGAGUCCGCCGAUCGACCAAUCAUCAGCAGGUCCCAAGAGCGGCGCAUCUGCGCCGAACUAUGUUUGUCGGGGUUGGGGGGCGAACCCUGCGGCGAAGCCUGCCUGGACAUCAUCCCCCAAGCCCUGCUGUCCGUGUCUCAGUCCGACACCGGCGACGAGCAGGUCAACUUGACGCGCAGGAGCGCCUGUCCGGUGCUGUGCAAGAACCGGCUCGGCUACCCCCUGUGCGGGUGCAACGAGACGCCGGUGACGCGACCCUUCUUCAGGCCGGACUUCCUCGAGAUCUGCGUGUUCUACUGUCGGCAGUACGACUACCACCUGUACGGGUGCGACGAGUGCAGCGCCUACAAGAACAUGACGGCGGAGGACGCCGUGAAGAUCGUCGCGAGGAUCUCGAAGAAGACGUACGACUGGAACGAGUGGUGCGUGCAGAUGUGCCAGGAGGGCGAAGGGGGGUCGGCUUGCUACUGCGACCUCUUGCCGCUGGCCCUCGAGCUCGACGGGAGCUCCUGAAGGCGCGCCGCCGCGCCGCGAGGUGCCGCUGCGCUCCGCGUCUACGUGUUCUUCUAACCCUAGGAGUAGUUGCAGCCCGACGCAAAUAGGUGUACCUGGAAAAUUCUAAACAUGUAAAUAAAACGCGAACAAAAUCGAGUCUUCCAAAAUCUGUACAUACAAGUUAUGGUUCUGUCUUAGGACGAAUUUGGUUGAUUUCAGAAGGUAUCCGAUAGAUCUAGAAUAAGCAUAUCAUUGUUGACUACUGACGAGAUCUAGCUGUGCUUCUGUUUGUAAAUAAAGAUUUUGUACUUUAUCGAACUUCUUCCUACUUAUGGUCAAUAAUUUCAUUUAACUUGCUCUAGUUUUUCUAUGAUGUAACAGAAACAUUUAUCGUAGGCUGCAAUUGUACAAAGUAUUGUGGUAGGUUAGUGAACUUUUCUGUUAAAUAUUACUAUUUGUUAAACAAUUUUAUCAACUGUUGUGUAAAGACAAUAACUAUUUUAGGAGUUGUAAAGUUUAAAGCUAAAAUGUGUAUCAUGUUGUUUUAGCAAAAUGUAAAUUCAUUAUGAGCAGAAUUCUGCUUUAAUCAAUGUUUUGUAUUUAUUAUAAUCACUGUUGCUAAACUUCGAAUUUAAAUCAUUGUGAUGGUUGUUCCAUAAUGCUUAGUUUUAUUUUGUAUG